AUGGUAGCAAAGAGAGGUUUUCUCUGUCUACUAUUGGUGGCCUAUAUUGUUUACUUCUCCUUUGCCAUGGUGAUGAACUUUGAGAAAGCCAUUCCUCUCCUGUGUGUUACUGUACUUGUAUGUUUCUACGUGAGCUGUACAUUUGUGAAAAGAAAACUCGGAGAUCAGGUGGCCGAAAUCUUACGAUGCAGGAAAUUGAAAGAUAUUUCCAUGUUGAGGUCGAGAAAAUUCAGCAUAAUCAUGUAUGGUGGGACUUCAGUGAUAUUAACAGGUGUCAUGAUCUUCAUUAAUCUUCCCAGUCCAACAAACCUCAUUUCUCUUGGUGGAAUAUUCACUUUGUUGCUGUUUAGUUGGCUGAUCUCCUAUCACAAAACAAAGGUAGAUCCGCGCCCGGUUGUGUGGGGCCUUACACUGCAGUUUCUGCUUGGACUCUUCGUUCUCAGAACCAGCAUAGGGCAAGAGACCUUCUCUUUCCUUGGAAAACAAGUGGAGAAUUUCCUAAGUCACGUGAUCGCUGGAGUGGAAUUCGUCUUUGGCGAAAACUACAAAGACUUUGAAUUUGCUUUCAAGCUGAUGCCCACGGUGAUAUAUGUGAACGCUGUGGUGUCCAUUUUGUAUCAUUUUGGAAUAAUGCAGUCUGUCAUUAAGAAGCUGGCGGUCGUAAUGCACUACACUAUGGGAACAUCCGGGGCUGAGACCUUGUGUACCGCAUCCAGUAUCUUCCUUGGGCAGCCCGAGGCAUCUUUUACAAUACGUCCAUAUCUGGAAAAGAUGACGCAUUCUGAACUCCACGCUAUCAUGACAGCAGGGUUUGCUAGUGUUACAGCGGAUGUGUUUGGGCUUUUUGUUGUGUAUGGAAUCUCAUCGGCACACAUCUUGACUGCAGUUUUAAUGUCGGCUCCUGCAGGACUGGCUGUAUCUAAGAUAAUAUAUCCGGAAGUUGAUGAACCGGAAACGAGAAACCUUACAAAGUUAGAAGACGAUAAAAGCAGCACGGAAACAGCCAACGUGGUUGAUGCGGCAGCCAAGGGGUCAGCAGAAGCCAUCUAUGUGGUGUUUGCGGUGGUAGCCAGUUUGAUUGCCUUCCUCAGUAUACUACACUUCAUUAAUGCCGUCAUCACUUAUCUCGGAAGUCUAGUGGACAUCGAAGGACUCACCCUUGACGUAAUACUGUCCUAUAUCCUAAUCCCUGUUGCCUUCCUGAUGGGGGUGCCUUGGUCGGACUGUCGUGUAGUCGGGGAGGUCGUGGGGCUAAAAACCAUCAUCAAUGAAUUUGUAGGCUAUGAGAGACUUGGUACAUAUAUCAAGGCCAACAAAGUAUCGAGAAGGGCAGAAACAAUAGCUACAUACGCACUGUGUGGUUUUUCUAAUCCCACCACAAUCGGGAUAACUUUAUCCGGACUUGGCGCUCUUAUUCCUUCGCGAAGGAAGGACUUGGCAAAAUUAGUCAUGACGUCAUGGAUUGCUGGAAGCAUAGCUUGCCUCCUUACUGCUUGUUUUGCAGGACUGAUGUACAUAGAAGAAAUAGAAAACAUACUAUACACCUCUGGAUCCAAUGUAACUUUAAAUAUAAUAUCUAGUUUGACUCUAAAUGUGACGACAAUUUUACCAAUAACAUGAGAAGCUUUUGAAAUAAAUA